AAAGAGAAGGAAAGAAAGAAUGGCAGCACAGUGUAGAAAGAAAGAAAGAAAGAAAGAAAGAAAGAAAGAAAGAAAGAAAGAAAGAAAGAAAGAAAGAAAGAAAGAAAGAAAGAGGACGGAAGGAACGAAAAAGAAAGAAAGACAAAAUGGCAACAUGGCCUAAAAAAGAGGGAAAAGAAAGUGAAAAGUUCUUUAUAUCAAAAUACAGAAUCUGUUUUUCAUGGAAAAAAAUGAACUUAUGAAUUCGACCAAUCAAGAUGAGGGACCAGUUUGAGGGGCGGGGCUUCACAGUCUGGGAAAAGAAGGUCCGCCAAAUUUAAACUGUAAAGAAGUGAAGCGUUACAACAGUGUGGAGGAUUAAAGUGUGAGAAGGAAGGAGCUGGUGUUCGACUUCAAGUCUCUUGUGUUUCUCUUCGAUUCGACUUUCCAACCCUUCUCACAGCGCCGGUUCCUGUCAUGUCAUCAACUAUCACAAGCGGCGUGAGCGGCCUUAGCUCCACCGUGUCUGGGAUGUGGCGCUCUCACAGCGUUCUCUCCGAGUCUGAACCAGAGAGUUCCCCCGAGGCGACACAGCGGUUUCGGAAGCUCCGCUCCUCCAGCUCUCUCAACUCCCUGCGCAUGUCUCUGAGGAAGAGACUUCCUUUAAAAACCGUGCAGCCCACCAGCAACGUCCCGGAGAAUCCGAACACAGAGGAGUUUCUGAAUAGCAAGAAAACGAGCACAGUCACUCAGAUCAAACGCACUGCCAAGAACACCAUCGGAAACGCUUAUCAGAAGUUUCAAAAGAGCACACAGUCUCGAGAAGAGUGCCUGGUGAGGACGCCUGGCAAGAUCAUAGAAGGAGAAGAGAACGAGCGCUCUCCUGCAGUUACGCGCACCCCUAAACGACAAGCCGUUACCCCUGGGCGCACGCAGAGAUCAGCCAAGCGUAACCCACGAGCCGGAGGAACUCCCGAGGCCGGCGAGUCGGCCGUGAGAGCAGUGAAGAGCAGAGGAACCAGGAGGCAGUUGGUACGCAUGGCAGCAUUGAGGAGCCCUUUCGCAUCCCCUAACACGGCGAACCGCCGCAGGCAGUUUGAUCAAGAUCUGGACAGUGUAUCAAAAGGCCUCAGGAAACUAAAGCGCCUCUCUCAAGCUUUUGAUGAAGUCAUCGGGAGAGACGAGAGGACCGAGGCCGUGGAGCAUUACAGAACAGUGAUGGCUCACAGCUACGGCUCCAUCUCCAGCACCACAGGGAAAUUAAACAGAUCCUUCAUCCGGCAGCAGAGCCGACAAAUUCGCCACAGAGUGGGCAGCUGGACCGACAGCGCGCUCUCAAACCUCCGCAAAACCACAUAAACAUCAAGCCACCUUCUGAUGCAUUUUUUUUUCCUUCUUCAUGUCUGUUUGUCACCAUUAGUCCUGACUCCUCGUCGUCAUUGUCUUCGUCUUCAUUUGUGUGUAUCAUAUCAAUAACUGACGUCUCAAUGUAAGCUAAAGAUUUUUUGUUUCACGCCAAAUCGUUGUCAUGCUGUUACAGUUUAAAGGUCACGGCUGAAGAUAAUGUGAAAGCCCCAAAAAAAAAAAAAUGGGCAAAAGUUUUUUUUUUUUGUUGUUGUUUUUUUUUUGUUGUUUUUUAAAAAGCAAAGUUUCACCAUUGGACCAAAGAUGAAUAACGUCUGGGUUACAGUUCUUACUUUCAUUUCUAUUUAAACCUAACACUAUAACGAAUGUAGCGAGACAAACGUGAUGUUUACUAACCCGUAACUAGUCUCUAGAUAUUAUUCACUAUCUUAUAGACUCCACCUUGUAUCGAGGUUUAUCUUUUUUUUUUCUUCUUCUUCUUCUUACCACACUAAUGCUGCGUACUGUUAUUUAACAGCACAAUCCAGAUCAGGUCAGAAAGAUUUCAACAACAGCUGCAAAAUUACUUUAAAAAGAUGUCGAUUAUGUGCUAUGGGUUUCAUGUGAUUUUCUCUAAACACUUAACAUUCUUGAAGAAAUGUUCGCUUUUUAUACUUUAAUAAAAAAACGUAUCUGUUCUCUGCAA